UCAAUCAUCAACAAUUCAACCACAAUCUUUAUCCUUGUGAUAAUAGAGUUACUCUCACAUUUCAAUACUCUGCAUUUUUUCCUCUUCUUUGAUUUUCCUAAAUCAUCGUUUGUUGCCGUCAAUAGAGGAAUCAAACUGAAGAUCAUUGGGUAAAUGGGUUCGAGAGAUGAUAACGCAAUUACCGAAGAUGGGCUCAGGAAGCCCCUUCUUCAUACGGGAAGUUGGUACAAGAUGAGCUCGAGACAAUCUAGCAUGUUGAAUUCCUCUGCCCAGAUGCUUCGCGAUGGGUCCGUCUCUGUUCUCUUUUGCGUCCUCAUCGUUGCACUCGGUCCCAUCCAGUUUGGAUUCACUUGUGGCUUUUCCUCUCCUACGCAGGCUGAGAUCAUUCGUGAUCUAAAUCUUUCCAUCUCCGAGUUCUCGGUAUUUGGGUCGUUAGCAAAUGUGGGAGCUAUGGUCGGAGCAAUUGCCAGCGGGCAGAUUGCAGAAUACAUUGGCCGUAAAGGGUCUUUGAUGGUCGCUGCAAUUCCUAAUGUGAUUGGCUGGUUGGCCAUCUCUUUUGCUAAAGAUUCAUCCUUUCUAUACAUGGGACGAUUGUUAGAAGGAUUUGGUGUGGGCAUAAUUUCAUAUACGGUUCCAGUAUAUAUAGCUGAAAUAGCACCUCAAAACAUGAGAGGAAGUCUUGGAUCUGUCAAUCAGCUUGCUGUUACUAUCGGAAUUAUGCUUGCUUAUUUUCUGGGACUCUUCCUUCCUUGGAGGGUGCUCGCGGUUGUAGGAAUUUUGCCUUGCACCAUUUUGAUACCUGGUUUAUUUUUCAUACCUGAAUCCCCUCGUUGGUUGGCUAAAAUGGGGUUGACUGAAGAUUUUGAAACUUCACUGCAAGUUCUUAGAGGCUUUUCUACAGACAUUACUACUGAAGUGAAUGAAAUCAAGCGAUCAGUGGCAUCAUCGAGUAAAGGAGCAACCAUCCGGUUUUACGAGCUGAAGAGAAAAAGAUAUUGGUACCCUUUGAUGGUUGGGAUUGGAUUGCUUGUUCUGCAACAACUUAGUGGUAUCAAUGGUGUUCUAUUCUACUCCAGCAACAUCUUUGCAUCCGCCGGAGUUUCAUCUAGUAAUGCAGCAACAUUUGGCCUCGGGGCUAUUCAGGUUAUUGCCACUGGUGUUACAACAUGGUUAGUAGACAGAGCAGGUCGAAGGCUUCUUCUAAUAAUAUCCUCGUGUAUAAUGACGAUUAGUCUUUUCGUGGUGGCCUUUGCCUUUUAUAUAGAGGAUUUUGUAGCUCCUGAUUCCGAGCUUCACUAUAGAAUGGGCAUACUUUCGCUUGUUGGACUGGUGGCUUUCGUGAUCGCUUUUUCGUUGGGAGUUGGAGCAAUUCCAUGGAUCAUAAUGUCUGAGAUUCUUCCUGUGAACAUUAAAGGACUUGCUGGAAGUAUAGCAACAUUAUUGAAUUGGAUGACAUCUUGGGCUAUCACCAUGACUGCAAACUUGCUUCUUGCUUGGAGCAAUGGAGGUACAUUCACCAUCUAUGGAGUUGUAGCAGCAUUCACUAUAGUAUUUGUGGUCCUUUGGGUUCCCGAAACAAAGGGACGAACACUCGAGGAAAUUCAAUCGUCGUUUAAAUAGAGGAAAUCAUUGUAUUCAGAUUCAGUUAUUCUUUCGGGCUUCAAUUUCAGCCUAUGCAAGCAAAGUUUUUCAAGUUCUGUGAAAUAGGAUUUCAGUUUGCCUUCAUUUCACUAUUUGUAUAAUUGAUACUUUUCCUAUUGAAUUUGUUCCUUAUUUCUUAUUUUGAUUCUU